AUGACCACCCAGGACACCACUUCCAGUAUUUUGGCCAAACACGGCUCAUCCACCCUCCAAAUGGGACCUUGCAAAAAAGCCUCCUCAUCCGAUCCGCUCAUCUCCCACAGACACCACUUUGGUCAAACGGUGUUCGCACUCUGCAACUACCCUUCCUUGCUCACCAAUGGUAUAUUAAGACUGGAGCAAAUGGAAGACACUCCAUUGGAAGACUUCUCUGCAGAAGAGCGGCAAGAACAUUGCGUCUUUGAGCAACUCUUAGAUUCCUACCCCGGCCUUCUGGACCGAUUGAAGGAUGGAUCUGAUGAGGACAUCCUUCACAUUGGCAAGGGAGCCACAGGUGCCAGAGGUGACAACACAAAAACGUUGAAGUCUGUGGUGCUUGAUUGGAUUUCGCCAAAAGGAGAAGCGAUACAGCCUCCUUUACACAGAAAUUCCAAAAUUGACCGUGGAUUCAACCAUAAGCUCACUGGAUCUCUCCUCUGUCCUGCUGGGCUGGAUUGGAACGAUCCUCGGAUUAAAGAGGAUCUUUGCAGUGGUGAAAUGUUAGUCUGUGGGGAUCAAUGGCCCAUCUUCUUGUAUGCCCACUAUGUUUAUGAUCAUGAUGACCCAUGGUCCGGUCUUCUUAGGAGCCACCUGUUAGCCUACAAGCACGUUUUCACCUCUCCAACCUAUAUUGCAACUCAGGUGCGAUUUGCCUUAAGCUCAUCUUCAACAUUCUACCAUAGCCUCCUUGAUCUCUUAGAAGACCCUGAGGAAUCUAAGGAAGUUGACAAGCUGCUGACUUGGUGGAAUCACCAAGCUUUUCCCGCUUCCUCUGCUGCCAAGAGACCCAUCAGCACCAACAGUGCCUUAUUCAAGAUAUGA